AUGCGAAGUAUGAAAACUAGGGGCACUUCCAGUUGUACGAAGAGCGGGAAAAAGGAGAUUUCUGAAGAAGGAGGAGGGGAAGUUCAAGUGGCAUUGGGAGAUGUAAUAUAUGUCAAGCUUCCUAGUGGCUCGUGGUGGCCUGGACAGGUUGUUGAUGAAAAUAGUGUUCCUGAGAGGGUUAAACCUAGCAAACGGUCAGCAGGGGAAGUCCUUGUUCGGGUGUAUGGAAGCUAUACAUACUUGUAUGCGGAUCCUGCUAAAUCCCGUUUGGAGUUUGAGGAGAUACUCAAACUUAAUAAUGGUUCCCACCAACAAAUACUUCUGCAAUCUCUUGAAAAGGAUCUUUCUAGCACAAAGUCCUCUAGAUCAAAGGGGUCAUCAUCGGAGAUUGAAGGAACACCGAGACGAAGCAAGCGCCAAAAGCAAAAUGAUGAUGUUCUGGGUAGGCAAAGUCAUGAACCAUCUUCAGCAGGAAUGUCCCAAGAGUUGAGUGCGCCCCGAGGAGGAUAA